CAUAUUCCAAUAAAUAAGACCAGUCUGAGUAUUUUUGUAUUAUUGUUUUAUAAGGAUUUGAAAAAAAGAAACCCCUAUUUACUUCCCCUAUUAAGUGUCCAUUCAGCGUAAAUAAACUACAUUUUCGCUUACAGUUCCCACUUACUGAAAGUGGGGGAUGCGAUUUAAGUUUCUGAUUGGCUGCAGAACGCGAGGUCAAGUGCAACUUUUGUCCAAUCAUCGUCGAGGAAAUUUCUACAAGCAUUUCCAUUGGCUAGAUCUUACCCGGAAGCUUGACGCUGACGGGGAAAUCUCUUCUCUUGAGCUGUGUAUAAUUCACAAACCUGAACUCAGAAAUAACAUUAUUUGUUUUUAUCUAAAUAAAAUAAAAAAGAAAGUCACUUUGCGACUGCAUCCUAGAGUUUCCGAGGAUGGGAUCUAAAGAUCUGAAACUCCUCGAUGUUUUUUCAUACGAGAGUCUGGUGCACGCAGUCGCCGGUGCUAUGGGCAGUGUUACAGCAAUGACUGUUUUCUUUCCUCUUGACACAGCUCGGCUCAGGCUGCAAGUUGAUGACAAGCGGAAAACUAAAUCUACUCCAGCCAUUCUGUCAGAGAUCAUCAAGGAGGAGGGUCUGUUAGCUCCAUAUAGAGGCUGGUUUCCAGUGAUCUGCAGCCUCUGUUGCUCAAACUUUGUCUACUUCUAUUGUUUCCAUACUCUGAAGGCCACCUGGCUGCAGGGUCAGAGGUCAACACCAGGGCGAGACCUAAUAAUUGGCAUUGCUGCAGGUGUAGUGAAUGUUCUUGUGACCACUCCACUCUGGGUAGUCAAUACCAGACUGAAACUGCAAGGGGCGAGAUUCAGAAAUGAAGACAUACGGCCCACACACUACAAAGGGAUUACUGAUGCAUUUGUACAGAUCAUGCAGCAGGAAGGAGUGGGGGCGUUAUGGAACGGGACGUUUCCCUCCCUGCUGCUGGUGCUCAAUCCAGCUGUGCAGUUCAUGAUCUACGAGGGUCUGAAGAGGCAGCUCAUGAGGGGCGUCCACAGAGAGCUCUCCUCAGUGGAGGUGUUUCUUAUUGGAGCCAUUGCCAAGGCCAUUGCAACCACCAUGACCUACCCACUACAGACAGUUCAGUCUGUUCUACGGUUUGGACAGCAUGGACAGCCUGCAGAUCAGUCCAGACUCCUGAACAGCCUGAGAUCUGUCAUGUACCUGCUGACCAACAGAGUCAGGAAGUGGGGCAUGCUGGGAUUGUUUAAAGGCCUGGAGGCGAAGCUGCUUCAGACGGUCCUCACCGCUGCACUCAUGUUCUUACUGUACGAGAAGAUCGCCAGCACCACCUUCAGGGUCAUGGGGGUCAAACGCACAAUGUCAUCCCACUGACCUCUCACAGGAUGAUUAUUAGCUCGCUGAUGUCAUAGGAACUGAGUAUACCUGUGUUAUGAAAAAAUGGUUAGUUGAUAUGGUUUUUUUUUAUUUUUAUAAAUGGAUGAAAUAGACAGGAAACAUUUAAAACAUUUUGAUCUAUAGGCUUAUGCUAAAAAAAAUAUAUAUAUAUACUGUUUGCCCCAAAAAAAUAAUAUAAAAAACUUAAACGAAAAUUAGAAAUGUUGCUUUGGCAGCUUACUGAAGUUAAUAAUUAAGUUGUAAGUACAAAAAGGACUAAAACUGAAAAAAAUAAAUAAAAAAGAAUUAAAGAAAUAAAAAUACUUUAAUACACUAAUAUUAGAAUGAAACUAAUAGCUAAUUCAAAAUACUAAGAAUGCUUUAUUAAUAUAUACAUAAUACUAAAACAACACUGAUUCAGAGAUUACAAGCUUUAAAGCAUAAACUAGAUAUAAAACGUGGCUACUUCAAGGAAGAUAAAAUAGAGAACAUUUUUGAUUUGUGAACCUUUUUUUUUUUCUCACUUCCAUUUGGGUUAUUUCAUAGUUUAAUGACUUUACUAUUAUUCAGAAAUGUGUCCAAAUAUUUGAUAGUGUAUCAAUAUAAGGUCAGUACCUUGGACAGUAUUUUAUUUAGGUUUCUAAAGAGCAUUUCAUUUUAAAUACGAACUUGUUUUGUUUAUGAAUACCAACAGAUCUGGACUGGUUUACAUAGUGUCAAAAACAAAAUAAUGCAUGUGACAGAUUUGUUUGGUAAAGAUUAUUGCUGUUGACAGUGGAACCUGAUCUUAGAUCAGCCUUCCUGCACCGAUACACCAUACGAAAACAACUUCCAGGCUGGUUUUUCUGGUUCUGUGUAGGUGAUACUUGAUUUUACUUGACAACACAAAGACACUGAUACUGUAAUGGGCCUUUAACCUAAAAUGUUUACAGUCUGGACAAAAAAAUUAAACCAGCAAGUGUUUCAACUUCACGAGAAACACAAUAUCUGCAUUGUGAAUGUUGUUCUCAGAAAGUUUAAGACACUGAGGCUCAAGUGCAAGUUUUAUAUAGAGACUCAUGGGAAUCCAUACUGAAAUUUAGAUAAAAACAUAAAAAAGUAGUAAAAGCAUUUCCCUCUCAGCUCUGAUCUUCACACUGUGCUGGAGUGUAAGUUGAGUCUUACAGUUUCAGUUAUGAAUGAAUGUAAAAGGUUUAUGUUUAUUCUUGAAUGUCAAUGAUUCUAUUAACAUUGAUUCAUAUAUGUAUUAAUAAUCACACAUCCAGGGUCAGUCAGAUGAUUCACAAUCUAAAUAAUUUAGAUUAUUUAUUUAUGAAUAAGUAGAUUUUAUAAUUGAUGUCAUAUAAAAGUUGUGUAAUAUGUUUCUACAAUAAAAUAAUUGAUCAAUGAUAAUGUGGUAUAAAA